CCGGGGCUAACACGGGUAGCAGCUAACUAACAUGCCCAAAGGAAAGAGGUGAAUUAAACCGCGUAAAAAUGAUCCCUUUCGUGACUCUAAGGUCCUGAGCAUUUGAACAAGUUGCUCUAUCGGCUCACUGUGAGCGGUCAGGAGUCAGACCUAUCAUGGAUAAAACGUUCGGCCAAUGGAAGAAGCAGUGUUUGAACAAGCUGGACCUGAGUAAGAAGGGCAGUGUGGACCAGGACAUUGAACAUGUAGUGUCUCUGCUCAACAGCUGUGAGGAGUACUUCACCACCAGCUCCUGCUCCGGAAGAAUCAUCCUCAUCGACGGGGCUCCAGAGAGCAGUGAUGUCCAGAAACAGAACUGUAUUUGGUUGUUUGUCUCACACCAAAAAUGCACAUCUGAUGACCUGGUGUCUGCUCUGGCCAAAUCCAGCAGAGAUGCUGUGUUGAAGUUUGAGCCUUUUGUUCUCCAUGUUCAGUGCAGGAGGCUGGAAGAUGCACAGCUUAUGCACUCAGUGGCCAUCAACUCAGGCUUCAGGAACUCUGGUCUCACUGUCAGCAAGACAGGAAAGAUAAUCACGGCGGUCCGUAGCACCCACGGCCUGGAGGUUCCUCUGAGUCACGAAGGAAAGCUCUUGGUUGAACAUGAGUACAUCCAUUUCCUAACUCACAUAGCCAAUCAGAAGAUGGAGGAGAACCUCAGACGGAUCCACAGGUUCUACCAGAACCUCCAGUCAGCUCUGACCACACAGAAACUACAAAAAUUACAAUUACCAGAUCCUCCCAGCUCACAGGAACUACAAUAUCCCCCUAACAGACUGGAGACAGAAGGGAAAGAGAAGAACAAAACAAGUGUGUAUAAACGGAGGCGGAAGAGAGAACAUCCGCAGACUGACUGUUGCCAUGGUGAUGGGACCAGCAGUGUGGAAGAGCUGGAUGACUGUCUGGACCUGUUAACAUGAAGUGGUGGCUCUGCACAUAUGCUGACAUGCUCAGCGUGUCAUCAUCUGGUAUGAGUGCUUUAGUGCUGAUCAUUAUUUUUCUUGAGAGAGCAGGGGCCUUUAUUACAAAGCAGAUCACCAUGGUAACCAAUGCUACACAGCUAACCUGCUCUGGAGCAGCCAUCAUUUUAUUCCACUCACUGGAAUAAUAAACAAAUCAUUUCCACCAGAUCCCAAUAUGGACAAAGCUGCUACAAUAAAGUAGAUAUAAUAAAGAUGAAGAUUUUAAUCAAGAUAUUUUUAUACACAAUAUGAAAUGACCCUUAUUCCCAUUAUUGUCAUUAUAAUUAAAAGUACAUAACAAAAGUACCAUUUGUAGAUCUCAGUGUCAGAACUGACUUUUGUUAGCAGUAGCUGCAGCUCCCAUGAGGCUUUGGUUUGCUAGAGCCUCUGUGGCUACAGCUAAUAAGCAAAUUUCUUCCUGGAUGCAGACAAAUAGGUGUUUUAUCUUCGUCUGCACUGCAAACCAUUGGUUUACAGUCACUGAUUGGCCUUUCCUAUUGGUUCAGUCUUCAAUCAUGUACAGUCUACAAUAGAUUUAUUUAUGAAUAAAUACAUACUCAUGACUUACAGUUUU